AUGCCUCCAAAGCAAGAGACUCAUUCCGAAAGGAUCUCUGCUCUCGAAGGCCAGAUCGGUGGCUUCUCGACUGCGAUCGACGAGCUGUGUGAUGCGACGACGAAGAGUGAACGAUCGAUCCUGGAGGCGUCAGCAAAGAAUGAUCGGAACCGUACACCUAAUGGAAGCGAAGGAAGCCCGAGAACUGCAGAACCGCUCAGAUAUGAAAAAGGGAUACUACAAGUACCAGAGAAGGCGAUACCUCUCAGAUCUGCGGAGCUGAGUACUCCAUCUUACCAUGGAGUAUCUUCGGGGUAUUCACCUCAACAGAAGAUCGAGUCACCUCCGAAGAAGCUGGAACUACCGGAUUUUGUAGGUAAAAAUCCCGAUGAUUGGAUAUUCCGAGUGGAGAAAUGCUUUUCGGUGAACCAAACGGAGGAGGAUGAGAAACUCUCACUAGCUAUGGCGAGUAUGGUGGGGGGAUCGGUUACGUGGUUGAGGAUGAUACAUGACCAUGAAAAGCCGAGUGAUUGGGGUGAUUUCAAGAAUAAACUGCGAAGGCAUUUCAAGGCAACCCGGGGAGGCACCAUCGUGAGUCAGAUGUUGCGACUGAGGCAGACGGGAACGGUGUUGGAGUACCGUGAGCAGUUCGAGGAGCUGUCAGCGGAGGUUCCUCAUGUCCCAAAUGAUGUGUUGGAGGAGAUCUUUUUGCACGGGAUGAAGAGGAGCUUGAGGGAACAAGUCGUCAGGCUUAGACCUCUGGGAAUGGAUGAGAUUGUGGAGAUGGCCCAGAUCAUUGAGGUGCAGGAGAAUGAGCGGAGUUCAUAUCAAUCGAGGUCCUUUCACCGUACGAACUCAGCUCCAACUCUCCAUAACCACCAGCGGAGCAGCUCAAACUCGUCUGGGGGGAAGCAGAGUGAAACAACACCCGCGAGGAAAUCCUUCGACUCUCAACAUGACAAUAAGGGUUGUGAACAGAAGAAGACAAUCCACAACCCCUGUCGUCAUUGUGGUGAAAGAUUUUUCUCGGGGCAGAAAUGUAAAGUCUUUCAGAAGUACAAAUGCCUUGAAAUAGAGGAGGAAUCUGAACGAGAUGAGGAGUUAGAUGGAGGUUCAGAAGAAGAAGAAGAACCUCAAAAGCAACAAGAACUUCAGGUUCUAUCUCUCAUGUCUAUGGUAGGAAUCACUACUAAGAAGACGUUGAGGAUAAGAGGUUAUAUCGGGGAUGCGGAAGUAGUGGUGCUCAUUGAUUCUGGUGCGUCGUGUUACUUCAUAGCCACACAGCUAUUACAGAAGUUGGGGCUGCCAGUAACACCUAUUCAGGAGUUUGGAGUAGCUAUUAGAGAUGGAAGGGUUCUCACCAGCAGUGGGAAGUGUGAGGACGUGAGAAUUAACAUUCAAGGAGUGGGAAUUCGAGAAGAGUAUUUGGUGUUUGAUUUGGGAGCUACAGAUAUGGCAGGAGAUCCGGACUUGCUCUGUGCUCAAGUAUCCUUGAGGGCGAUAGAGAAGUUAUGCGAGAAAGAAGACGGGGUGUAUCUGCUAGAGUUACAAGCUUUAUUUGACAAUGGGGAAACAACAGAUAAGGCGGUUGUGACAGUUCCUGCUAUCAAGAAGUUGCCGAAGGAGUACAACUCAGUGUUCAACAUGCCUAGUGGCUUACCUCCCAAGAGGUCACGAGAGCAUGCAAUCACACUGCAAGAGGGAACUUCACCCAUUAACAUUCGACCCUAUCGCUACUCCCAUCUACAGGAGAACGAGAUUGAGAAGGCUGUUAACAAGAGUACAAUACCUGAUCGUUACCCAAUUCCUGUCAUUGAAGAGCUAUUGGAUGAGUUAGCAGGAGCUUCGAUCUUCUCCAAGCUAGACCUCAAAUCUGGUUACCAUCAGAUAAGAUUUAAGGAGAAUGAUGUGGGUAAGACAGCUUUCAAGACGCACGAGGGUCACUACGAGUUCCUAGUGAUGCCGUUCGGUCUCACUAACGCACCGGCUACUUUCCAGUCUGAACACAGCUUCUAUGCUAAUGAGAAGAAGUGUGCAUUUGCACAAAAAGAGGUAGCGUACUUGGGACAUGUGAUCUCAAAAGAAGGAGUAUCUGCAGACCCUGAGAAGAUAGAAGCAAUGAGAAGCUGGUCUGUACCCAAGAACGUUACUGCCUUGCGUGGAUUUCUUGGCCUUACUGGCUACUACCGGAGAUUUGUGCUGAGUUAUGGGAAGAUUGCACGACCUCUGACAGAGUUGCUUAAGAAGGAAGGGUUUUGUUGGUCAGAAGCAGUCGAGAAGGCCUUUGUGAAGUUGAAGGAAGCAAUGUGCAAGUUACCUGUCCUGAGGCUUCCUGUUUUCACUAAGCCCUUUGUAGUUGAACUGAUGCUUCGGGGGUUGGAAUAUGUGCGGCCUGGCAAGGAGAAUAGAGUGGCUGAUUCUUUGUCAAGGCGUGUAGAGCUUACUGAGUUCAAAGAGUUUCAGUUGACAGCACCUUUGUCCAUUGACAUGGAUGAAUUGGCGUUGCAAGUGGAGCGAGAUGAAGCCUUGCAAGCUAUCAUAAAUGGUGUUAGUAACGGAGAUCAGGAGUUUGAUGGUUAUAGUGUGAAGGAGGGCGUUUUGUUUAAAGAUCGAUGUCUGGUGAUUCCCACCAAUUCACCUUUCAUACCGGCGUUGCUGAGCCAAUUCCACGCUAGUGCGAUAGGAGGUCACGAAGGGGUUCUCUAA